CCGACCGUGUUUCCCUUCCUCGAUUCCAACUUUUCCCCAACCUAGCGCUAGCUGAAGGCUCUGGCGGCGGCGAGCGAUUCUUGGUCCGGCGGCGGCGGCCGGCUCUCCUGCCUCUCCCUCGGUCCCUCCCCUCCCCUCCCCUCCAUCCGGCCAUCUCACUCCCCUGCCCUCGGCCUCCGGCGCCCAGCCCUCUCCUCCGCGGCUCCCCCAGGCGCCAGGCCACCAGUCCGCCUCCGGCCUCCCGAGCGCGGCGGCAGCAACAUCCAGCAGUCCGGCCUCCGUUCCUCAACAGCCACAAUACCCGGACGCCGGUUGGCCCCGCCAAAACGCAGCUCCCCGCCAACGCCCCUCUCUCUCAGCUGCCGACCUCGGCAACGAGCUCACCCACACGCCUCUGCUGCCAGAAGAUUGCCCGCAGAAUCAUGUAUUUCGGAGACGAAAGAAGGAGUUUGAUAACACCGAAGAGAUGGAACUUGCACCUAUAACAAUGAGUGGUAGCUCAGCUUUGAGGAUGUUGCAGGGCAGAGUGUUUGUCUUAGGAAAAAAGGUUGUUGUGGCAAAGAAAGGGAAAGGGAAAAAGAAGGGCAAAGACAGUGAAAAAGGAACUGAAGGUCCUGAAAAACAGAAGCGUAAAAGAGCGCCUAACAAGAAAUCAGGUAACGUCGCACGUAAACCUGAAAAGAAGCCUGAGGAUUGUUUCAAAAAGAAGUCGAUAUUCUUUGAUUUGGAAUACUGGGAGCACAACAAGUUAAGGCACAAUCUAGAUGUCAUGCAUAUUGAGAAAAAUGUCUUUGAAAAUUUAAUUGGAACCUUACUGGAUAUUGAUUCUAAAACAAAGGAUGGCCUUAAUGCACGACUUGACUUGGGAGAAAUUGGAAUUCGAUCUAGCCUUCAACCUCAUGAAGGUGAUAAGGGUAAAACUGAAUUGCCGCAUGCACCUUUUAAUAUGUAUAAAGAAAAGAAGGAGAUUCUUUGUACAGUGAUUAAGAAUUGUAGGACACCUGAUGGUUGUGCAUCAAACUUUUCAAGGUGUGUGAACAUGAAAGAAUUGACAUUGACUGGCCUCAAAAGCCACGACUGCCAUGUUAUUCUACAAGACAUCCUUCCUGUGGCACUUUUACACUGUUAUCCCAGUAAAGAUGUCAUGAUAUUAGUUGUUGAGCUGGCUAAUUUCUUCAAGAAACUAUGCUCCAAAGUGUUAGAUUUCUCUGAGCUUGACAAACUGCAAGAGAGUAUUGUGAAGACACUUUGUAAUAUGGAAAAGGUUUUUCUUCCAUCGUUUUUUACUGUCAUGGUACAUUUAAUGGUGCAUUUAGUUGAAGAAGCUAAACUUGGUGGCCCGGUGCAUUACAGGUGGAUGUACCCUCUAGAGAGAUCAUUUGUUUGGCUAAAGUCACUUGUGCGCAAUAGAGCUUAUCCUGAAGGUUCUAUUGCUGAAGGAUAUACUGUUAGUAGACACUUUGCUGACUGGUUGGAACAAAAGGUUAUACUAGAUGAUGGAUCGGAUAUCACAGAAAAGAUAAGAGCAUUAGCCGCAAAACCAAGCAAAUGCGGGGUGCGCUAUAGUGGCUAUAUAAUUAAUGGUUUCAGGUUUCAUACUAUCAGUCGCGAGACAGGACGCGUGACACAAAAUAGUGGUGUCGUGAACCUUGCUGAAAAUGGUGUGUCCUAUUAUGGUCGGUUAUCUGACAUCUUUGAAUUGUCAUACAAAGAUUACAAGGUGGUCUUCUUUAAAUGUGAUUGGUAUGAUGUUCAUCACAAAGCUGGUAUUAUAAGAGAUGAGUUUGGAUUCACUCAUGUGUACUUCUCCCGAAAAAUACAUACAGGGGAGAAGUUAGAGGAUGAUCCUUUUGUAUUUUCUUCCCAAGUGGACCAGGUCUUCUAUAUUCAAAAUCCGAGAAGUGAGAAUUGGAAUACCAUGGUGAAAUUCAAACCUCGUGAUAUUUUUGACAUGGGUGGAGAACCAUCUUCAGAUGAAACAGAGUAGUCUUUGUGCUUUUAGCUUGUUACUGCAGCUAAGAUAUAGGUUGAGCACUUGUCAUCCAUGCUCCUAGGUAGAAUUACUCCAACAUAAUUAUUCCAGCUGGGUGGAUCUUCUUCAGAAUGUAUUGUUCCCUAUGUGACUCUGUGAUGAACGAGCCUAUGGUCUUUUUUUUAAUGUGUAUGUUCCCUUUUGUUAUGAAUGAACAGUUGUAUGGCUA